AUGACGAGAAAGAAGGUUAAGCUUGUGUGGAUAGUGAAUGAUGCUGCGAGAAAGGCCAGCCUGAAGAAAAGGCGAGUUGGCUUGCUGAAAAAAGUGAGUGAACUCACCACCUUGUGCGGUGUUAAUGCUUUUGCCAUCAUCUAUAGCCCAGAUGAACCAGAGCCUAUGGUGUGGCCAUCGCCACCGGAGGUGGAGCAGCUGAUUAUGAGAUACGAAAGCAUUCCGGAGGUGGAGCGGUGCAAAAAGAUGACGAAUCAAGAAAGUUAUCUAAAGGAGAGGAUGGCCAAAUCGCAGGAACAUUGCAGGAAGAAUCAUAUGAAGAACAGGGAGUAUGAGUUGGUCUACCUCAUGGACCGACUUCGUCGUGAUAAUGAAAUGGAUUCUUUUGAGGUGACUGAACUUCAGGCUUUCAUUUGGCUGUUGGAGGAGAAAAUGAGGGAGUUAAGAAAAAGAUCCGAGUAUUUUCAACAAGUUCCUCCUCUUCCAUCUUACCCUUUUCCUCCUCCUCCUCCUCUUCCGCUUCCGAUGUCUCCUCAUGGGGAUGUUAUUAUGGAAGAGAUGGGCCAAGAAGGAGGAGGUGGUGGUUCUGGUGGAGAGCUUAUGAGGUUUAAUCCUCAAGAAGCUUUAAUGUGGGAUCAGUGGUUCAUUGAUAUGAUGAACAAUAACGAAAAUAUUGCUGGUGGCGGCAGUGGAACCAACCUCCCACAAGGGUUGAACUUCCCCGGAUUUCCUGGUGGUGGUGGUGGUUUUGAUAUGGGUGUUUACCCUGGGCGUUUUGGAGAUAGCAGCGCCGGCAACAUCGUCGGCAUGGGACUCCCUCAGGGGAACAUGAAUAUUGGUAUGAAUCCUUUUGAGCUGGGAAUGCCUCCUUAUGUCAAUCCUUUUGGGCUGGGGCUGCACCCUCCUCCUCAAAAUUUUGCAGGCAGUAACAGUACAAAUGUUUUUGGGCUGGGACUGCCUCCUCCACCUCCUCCUCCAGAAAAUUUUGCCGGCAGUAGCAGUGCAAAUAUUUUUGGGCUGGGGCCGCCUCCUCCUCAUCCUGAAAAUUUUGCAGGCAGUAGCAGUGCAAAUGUUUUUGGGCUGGGGCUGCCUCCUCGUCCUCCUGCUCCUGCUCCCGACAGCACUACUGGAGAAAGCCCCACUGCAGCCGGAGGCGACCUAGGGCUUCCUGGAUUCUUGCCCGCUGGGACUGACACAGACCUUCCUUCUGGUUAUUACAACGAGACGUUGACUAAAUUGGUCAGGGAUUUUGAGCUUGAUGAGGAGAGUGCAGUCUGA